AUGUCUCUAAAGGAUGAAGACAUGAUGAUGCCUCUAUCGGAUGAAGGCGAACAAGACGAUUCGAUCAAUGAUGGUGAUAGUAGUGCCACUCAAACAACAAUAAAUUCCUCUUCUACAACCAAUGGAAAAAAGAAGAGAAAUAGAAAGAGAAAGAAGAAAAAGAUUAUUCUCCCAGCAGGUUUGAAGCCUUUCGAAAAGUUAUAUGUAACAACAAAUUCAUCCACUAAUAUUCAAAAUAAUAAUACAACAACAACAACAAAUAUAAAAUCGGAAUCAUCUACCGAUCCGACAAGUGUAAACAAUGUAGAAUAUAUACAAAAAGAUGUCAUUCAAGAUAUUGAAAAGAAGGCAAAUAGUUCUAUCCUUGAUGAAUUUAAAAGAAUAUUUGACAAGUUCGGAAGUGUGGAAGAUUUAAACACAGAACAAAAGGAAGAGGAGGAAGAAAAGCCAGAAAAGAAGGAAAAGGAUCUAUUCGAAUUGACUAGUAGUGAUGAGGAACAAUAUGACGAUGAUGAAGAAGAGGAGGAUGGAGAGGAAUUGGAUUAUGAUCAAGCAUCUUUAAUUGCCAACAAGAAGGGUAAGAAGAAAAACAAGUUGAAGAAAAAGAAGAAACGUAGAUAUGUUUUCACAAUUUCACAAUUGAAGCAACUGGCCAAGAGACCUGAUGUUGUGGAAGUUCAUGACAUUACAGCCAAAGAUCCUAAAUUCCUUGUUUUGCUCAAAUCAUAUAGAAAUACUGUUCCAGUUCCAGCUCACUGGUCUCAAAAAAGAAAGUACUUGCAGGGAAAGAGAGGAUUUGUAAAGCCACCUUUCAAGCUUCCAGAAUUUAUUGCCAAGACAGGCAUUCAAAAGAUGAGAGAAGCUUAUGAAGAAAAGGAAAAUGAGAAAUCCAUUAAGCAAAAGAUGAGAGAAAGAGUGAGACCAAAACUAGGAAAAAUGGAUAUUGAUUAUCAAGUUUUGAGAGAUGCUUUUUACAAACAUCAAACCAAACCAGAUAAUUUGGCCAUCCAUGGUGACUUGUACUAUGAAGGAAAGGAGUAUGAGCAGAGAAGAAAGUACAUUAAUAAGUAUAAGGCUGGUAAGCCACUCUCUGAAAGACUGAGACUUGCCUUGGGUAUGCCAGUAAAUGCACCACCUCCUUGGUUGAUUAAAAUGCAAGAACAUGGUCCACCCCCUUCGUAUUCCAAUCUCAGAAUACCAGGUCUCAAUGCUCCUAUACCUGAAGGUGCUAGUUAUGGUUACCAUCCAGGUGGUUGGGGUCGUUUGCCUGUCGACCACAUGAACAGACCACUCUAUAACAAAUUUUUUGGAGCUAAUGCAAAUGAUGAUGAUAGAAAAGCGGAAGAGAAGAAUGUCAAAUUGUGGGGCGAAGACAUCAUUGAUGAUACUAUUGAGGAAGAGGAGGAAGAAAAAGAGGAAACUGAAGAAAUAAGAGAAGGUGGUGAUAGUUCGGAUGAGGAAAUGGCACAAACUAAGGAAGAAGAGGAUGAAGAUGAAUCCGUUAUUGUUGUCAGUGGGUUGACCACACCAAAACCAAUGGACAGUCAUCAAACAAGUUCACAAAGAGUGCCUGAAGUGGUCAACCUGAGGAAAGAUGUUGCCAACAAGAAAUCAGAUGACCCUAAGUUAUUAUAUAGAGUAUUAGAAGAGAAAGACCAAGCAAUUGGAUCACGAGAUAUGAUGGGUUCAUCAAGGAGUUAUGCCUCUAACAACAUGUUACCUCCUACUUCUUCCCAUCAACAACCAAACAAUGAGGAUGACAAGAAGAGAAAGAGAAACGACAAACCUUCUUCACAAAAGAAGUUCAAAUUUUAAACUCUUAGUUUUUUAUCAAUACAUUAUUUUUGCUUUUUUCUU